UUCGCAGGAAAUAUGGACAGAGAUCAGGCGCGCGUCUCUCUGCUUGUAGUUGGAGCGCUGCUCACCGGCACUGUGAUUGCAGUGCUCGCAGCCGGUCCAGCCGCCGGCGACACCAGGGCCGGGCCUGGGCUAGCCGGCAGCAUGGGCACCGCCUACAGAGUCGACGCGGCUACGGCGCCGCAGAAGCUCACACCGGUGGUGCACCGUCGCGUGCUCGCCAGCCUCGGCAGCUCGGUCUUCGACCCUAACAGGCCGGCAUGCAUCGGCCAGUGCGGGGGCGCCGGGCAGCCGUACACCGGCCGGGGAUGCGUGCGGGCGUACCAGUGCCGCGGCUAGCGCUAAGUUAGCACCGCAUCUGACAAGACGCACCGACGCAAGUUCACUCGAUGGCAUGCCGCUAAACUUGUACGCAUCCCGAAUAGUACGUGCGUACACCCGUUGGUAGUUGUUAUAGUACUAGUUGGAUUGGCCGUAACUCGCAAGUGAUUGAUCCUUGUACGUGAUAAAUUUGUUAUUGUUGCUUGGUGUAAAAUGUUCUCAUGUCUAAUGCUAGAUUGUACGUUAUUCCUAGCCAGCGGCGAGUUUUCUUCAAAAUGUGUGCAUAUGUUUACACAACUUCUUAAAGCAAUAUCAUUAU